CACUACCAACACCAUCACGGAUUCUACGUAGGCUAUACACCAAAAAAAUCGUUUCAAGUUGGAAGGAAAAAUCUUCUCGGCGGUGAACAACUUUCUCACUGCGUCGACCUUCGUCAAAGACAUCAGACAGCUGAUCAUGACCCGACAGACAAACAGCGACCCUACGACUGAGGCGGGAUCGAACCCGACAGGCCCUGGCAGUGACCCGCAACAGCAGCAGCAGCAGCAGCAACAGCCAAAUCGCCCGGAAUCGGUCAGUGGCCGGUCGAGCUCCCGGUCUCCGAUCGACCCGUACCGGCAGGACAGCGUCAACCAACCGCCGAGCGAUUGCUCCAGCCUGGACGGGAAUGUCUUCGUCGACGGGGCAGGCGUGCCGGGCAUGCAGAGCAAACAGCGCCGCUCGCAAACGACCGACUCGCUCACGUCCGGCACCAACAUUAGCUACAGCCUAAACAAACGCUUCAUCUCCAAGAACCAAAUGAAGGAGUUCCGGGAGGCGUUCCGGUUGUUCGACAAGGACAACGACGGAUCGAUCACCAAGGAGGAGCUCGGCACGGUGAUGCGCUCGCUCGGGCAGUUUGCGCGCGUCGAGGAGCUUCAGGAGAUGCUGCUGGAGAUUGACGUCGAUGGCGAUGGGAACGUCAGCUUCGAGGAGUUUGUCGACAUCAUGUCGAACAUGACGGACACGGUAGCGGAAACGUCGGCCGACCAGGAGGAGCGCGAGCUGCGGGAUGCGUUCCGCGUGUUCGACAAGCACAACCGGGGCUACAUUACCGCGUCCGACUUGCGGGCGGUGUUGCAGUGUUUGGGGGAAGAUCUGGACGAGGAGGAAAUUGAAGACAUGAUCAAAGAGGUAGACGUUGACGGGGACGGCCGGAUCGAUUUCUACGAGUUCGUUCACGCUCUCGGUGAGCCCGAAGAUUCGCAAGAAAACGACGAAGAUGACGAGAUCGUGUCGCAACGUUCCCCGUCGUUCGAUGUGCCGGUUUAAAGUUGCGAACCCAAUCGAACAACAACAUAAGCGUCGAAAAAAGCGAAACGAUUGGAGAGGACGCUCUAUUAAGCAGGCACUGGUGAUCGACCGUACAUUCAAAUGCUUACUGCGAUUACUUCUUGAUCGUCGAAUUGCACGAUACGAAACCAGUUGAAGGCAUAUUUCGGGAGGAGGCAUUUAAGAUCCAAUUCAAUGUUCCGCAAAAAUGCACAACGACACCCGCACUUCUACCAACAGUAUUGCCAAAUUUUUAAAACUCUUUUUCCAACGUAUUUGCUGUUUCACAGAAAUUUACAAAUAAAAACAUUACAAAAAAAGAAACUUACAUAGCAAAAAGCAAUUAACAAACACACAAUUGAUAGGACGAAUAAUGUUUAAGGCGAAGAUAACUUAAAAGGCAAAGCGCACAUCUGCCAACAAAAAAAAGUAUUCGAAACCGAUAGAUUUCACGACGCAUUCUUCUACCAUGUUUAGUGUCAUGGGGCCAUGGUCAUCCCUAAUACGAUGUUCGCACUGCGAGACAAACAUAUCAACCGGAUGGAUACCGGAGCAACAGCUUCCGGGGUAUUUCCUCCCGGACGGUAUGGUAGCGACCAACGAAACCAUCGGUUGGUUAGAUUUAUUUUCUACAUGCCUCCACCGGUGCCAACAGAUCUGGCUGGCUUCAUUUACAUGGAUUUAUUUAAAAUGCACCGAUUAGAGCUGUUACCACUCUAAAGGAGAGGCAUUCUUUACCACUCGGUUUAGCCUCAUCCCACAAUCAGGCAUCGGUUUUGCCGAUUAACUAUUAGCUUAAAAGAGAUGCGAUACUAUAUGGAACAAUCUUUGACAGGCGAACUCUUGACUAUUAUUGGAAGCGCAUUUGUUUAAUGAUUUUGUACAAGGUUUUAUAAGUUUACUGCAGCGAAAGUGUAGAAGGGUUAUAAUACAAAUAAUGUUUUAAAGUUGAAGAAAAUUGUUGCAUUAAUUUCGCGCACAAACAUGGAUGGUUCCGGGAACGACGGUUGAAAUCAAAACUACGACAAGGAAACUUAUAAAACGCUAUCUAAUAAUAUCGUAUUCACGCGUACACAUACCAAACAAUUAAAAGAUAGAGCAACCAAAACAAAAAGAAAACGUUCGUUACCAUAUUUGCCCAUGUACAAUCUUGAGAGUAAAUCUGAACAUCAAUAAAU